GUCGGGAUGACCGGGAGGAGCGUCGUCGCCGUCGCCGUCGUGGUCGUCGUGGUCGUCGUGGUCGUCGUGUGCGAUGGAAACGCGCCGCCGACUGAAAUAUUGAAGGCCCUGGGAAAACGACGACCGAACCCGAACCGGGCACUUUCGGGACUUUCGGCCGAGAGAAUGCGCCAAACGGUCGGGGGGGAGAGAGAGAGAGAGAGAGAGAACAGUGUCACAGUGAAAAUGGGACUCAAACAGAGAGUGCACAAAUUUUGGCAAUUCGGAGCCGGACACAUGGCAUUAGCGGCGUUCUGUGCGCACUCGGUGUCAAUCUCCAUCGGAAUCUCUCAGGGUUACAGUGCCAUCCUCCUCCCCCAGCUCGAAGAGGACCCGCAUUUUCUGGUGGUCAAAGACUCGGAAGAGGAAUCGUGGCUAGCCAGUUUAGGAGCUGUCACCAAUCCAAUUGGAUCGAUCUUGUCGGGCGUGUUUGCCGAAUAUUUCGGCAGAAAGCGAUCGAUACAAAUCAGCAGUGUCCCAUUCUUAAUCGGAUGGCUUUGCAUCGGUUUCGCCACGGACAUCAACUGGCUUUAUGCCGGAAGACUGAUAACCGGAAUCGCCGCAGGAAUGUCGACGGCAUGUUACACCUACGUCAGCGAAAUUUCGACACCAGAAAAUCGAGGAAUCUUCCAGGCUUUAGGUCCCAUUUGUGCCUCGUUUGGAAUUCUCUUCACUUACGUUUGCGGCUAUUUGUUCGACUGGAAAAUCGUCUCGUUUAUAAGUUUAUUCUUCGGCCUGUUUAGCAUGAUUUCGAUACAGUUUUUGCCCGAAAGUCCCGGUUACUUGCUCAGAAAGAACGAGGAGACUGAAAGCUUCAACGUGUACUUGUGGUUCAGGAGGAACAACGCGGAGGCACAGGAAGAAAUCGACAAGUACAAUAACAACAACAAAAAAUCUGAAAAAGACAAAAUUGAAUUAAGAGAUAUUUAUUUUGGGCCUCAGACCGUUAAACCUUUCCUCAUUCUCGUCACUCUUUUCUUCCUUCAGGAGAUGUCCGGAAUUUACACCAUACUCUUUUACGCCGUCAAUUUCUUCGAAGAGGCCAACAUAGAUCUGGACAAAUACGUCGCCUCCAUAGUUGUGGGAGUAAUCAGAUUCACAGUUUCCAUCGUAGCUGCGAUUCUAAUCAACAAAUACGGCAGGAAAGUUCUGUGCAUCGGCAGCAACAUCGGCAUGACGUUGUCCAUGGUUUUGGUGGCCGGCUACGUUAAAUACUACGAGCUGAACCAGAACGAGGAGAAAGUCUUCCCCGUUCUCCCCCUCUUGGGCGUCAUACUCAACGUGUUCUUCAGCAUGAUCGGCAUGUUACCGAUCCCCUGGAUCCUGACGGGGGAAAUGUUUCCUCUGGAAGUGAGACCGAUCAUGUCGGGGAUCGUGAUUUGCAUCGCCCAAACGUUCAUCUUCAUCUGCGUCAAAAUCUACACGAAUCUGUUGCAAGUGCUCAAUUUUAGCGGUACCUUGUUCCUGUUCUCGUUCGCUUCGGUUCUCGCCUUGUUCUUUUGCAAGUUCAUCUUGUUCGAGACGAAGAACAAAAGUCUGCAGGACAUCGAAAGGCACUUCAAGAAGACGAGUGGCGAAUUGAAGGGUUUCGAUAAUAAAGGUUUCGUCAUCAGCCCGGACACGGAUCCAAAGUCCGGACACGGAAUCUACAGGGUGGAAAUUGACGAUUGAAGCGAGAAAAUACCAAAGUAGUUUGUGAUUGUAUAUAAUUUCUUUUAAACCAUGUUUCGUUCUCAUAGAACAAAUUUUAUUUAUUUAUCUACAAUAAAUAUUUUAUAUAAAAAA